ACGUCGCAGCGUCACUAGUCAGAAUGCUUAUAUCGAUCCAUUCGAGCCCAUUUCACCGACGUCUAGUCCUGAUUCAGGUAAGGACUUUUACGACACUCAGUCAACAUUUAUAAGUAUGGAAAAGCCAGAGUACAGAGAGAAAACGUUAUUCGAUAAGUCACACGAAGAUCUUAUCGCUAACCUGGCUAAUUCUUCAAAUUAUUACCAUAUCCCCACUCCAUAUUCGACAUUUCCGAGUAACAACAAGCAUAAGGAAUAUAGUCCAAUGCAUUCUGCCAGCUUGCAGAAUGUAGAAUUAGAUCAAUAUGGCAACUAUUCUGAUUUGAGUCCUCCAAAGAAAUUAGAUGAGUUUUCCACAGAAGAAGAAGAUAUGCAUCCUGUUACGACCCAUAUUUGGCCAGAAAAAAUCGCUGGACUUGAUACGGAAAUCGAUAAUACUCGCGCGGCUAAAAUGCAUAGUUACCAAAGACGGCGCUCUUCUGAGACAGUUUUCAGUUUCGACAAAGAAAAGAUAGAAUCACUGACUCGAUCUAUUAGCAAAGAAAAUGCUCCUUCACAUCUUGUAAAAGAGUCUUCGAAUGAGUCUGAUGUUAAUGUUCGUAUUUUACCAGCGAUGGAUAGCAUUGAGUAUACUAAAAAUAAAGUGAAAGCUGCUGCAAUGCAGUCUGGUUCACCUUCGAUUUUGCAAUCGGAGUUUGAUAAAAAUAUGCGUGGAAAAGUUUACACGCAUAUUGUAAGGAAGGAAAAUUUAAAAGAAGAAUUAAUGGCUAAAACUCAUUUCGAUGAAUAUAACCCAAAGCUUAUUCUUGAAACAAGUUCGAGCAGUCGUUUGACUGAUACAGCUGUUCCGUAUGCUCAUCCAAUAGUGGAACGUACUAAGAGCGAUCCAAAUAGUUUGGCAAACAGACCGCGAUUCAGUAGUGUAAACUCUAGAAGGCAUGUUCUGAUGCACCAAAAAUCUAUAGAUUUGACGCCCGCCGAAUCUAGCGAUGAAGAUUAUAUAUUCCGACAAAUACCUAGUGCACCACCUAUUGCCACAAAACGAUCGCAUUUUGAACUGCCUUCUAGGCAUCCAGACCAUGUGCGACCGCCUUUUGACUUGCCAAAGAAUUACUUUAAAGAAUUUGAUGCUUUCAAAGCAACAAUAAAAGAUGGAAAGAAAGUUGUGGAUGAUGGUUAUGAUAUUCCUUAUGUAUUACAUAAGCGGCAUGUCAUGAAUGGAACGGCUCCAUCACCUAUAGAAGAUGGAAGGCAACAGCCACCAGAUAUAAUUAUGCUUCCGCCACAAAACGGAAGGCAUAUCGUCAGUGCUCAUCCUAGAUGUAAAUACCAUGAUCAUCCAAAGUCACCGCGAUCCCCCAAAUCACCAAAGUCACCGAAAUCUCCGAAAUCACCCAAGUCCCCCAAAUCGCCAAAGUCACCUAAAUCUCCGAAAUCACCAAAGUCACCGCGAAAUAGUAUACAAGCAGAGCAUAGUUCCAAAUUCUUGGAGGUUGAAAAUCGCGACUUUCUUUUUACACAAAAUAUUGAUUUAUCAAAAGUGGAUCCCGUCACUUUGGAGGUCGAUAAGAGUAGCCAGUUACAGCACUUGCCAAGUCCAAAAAGAGAUAUUACCCAGAACUUAGAUCCACUACUUCUUGAGACUUUGAAUUCUAAGUUGAGUCGAAUAGAAAGUGACUCGGCAACAAGCUCUAAAACUGAUAGCAUUAGACAAGACGCCCCAUGUCCACAUGAUAUUAAGUUGACAGUAAACGGACGUAACAUACAACAAACGUCUAUUUGCAAAGAAUCAAAGCCUUUGUCGGCUGCUGAAAAAUUACGAGCUGAUAUAAAGUCUAGGUCUGAUAAGCUACCUCCUAAAAGAGGUAAAGGCCGCGGAACAGGCAAGAAGGGACCAGGGGGUAAAAUUAAAAAUAAGAGUAGCAACAAAAUUAGAAUUACUUCCUUUUCUUCAGACGAUGAAAGUGUAGAUUCUGAUGAUGUGUUUGGCACAGCAGAAGCAGCCCCAAAAUUAGAAUUUUCACCUCCACAGUCUCGUAAAGAUCUUGAGCCUAUAUUGCAACUUGAGUUCGACAAAAUUGCAUCAGGUGCUUGGCACCGUGGUCAAACUAUGAGCUCUACCGAAAUAGAAGGCUCACCACCUCAGUGUCGCAAAUUAGCAGAAUUGGAAGCUAAAUAUAAUCCACAAGUACUUGAGACCGGUAGUGGUAAUGCUACGGAAUUGAGACGAAUUUCCGAACGUUCCAUUUCAAUACCUAGUUCUGAAGACGAUGUUGCUAUAAAAAUACCAGAUAUUAAACAAAUCAGUAAAGAAAGUUCCACAUGGGAAUACAACGAAAAUAUACCGUCACCAAUUUUGGAGAGUACAGAGUUUCUUAAAUCAGAUGAUGAGCAUUUAGCUGAUAUUGAAAUACAGAAAGUGACUGGUCUGCGAAGUCAAUCUGAAGAGAAAAGUGAAAUAAAAGAUGAGAAAAAAGAGGUUGGCAAACUUGACGUCAAAAAGAGUUUGCGCGAUGAGUUGAUUUCACCUAUGCUCCGUAAGUCCGGCGGAACUCCUAUACUUUUCGCUCAUGCAAGAUUAAAUUUAUCCGAAGGAUCCGUUUUUUCACUACAACGUCAGAAAGCAACCCAAGAUUCUCCAACUGCGGGUCGAAGAGCUAAGAGCUUGGACACUCCCGUCAUUCAGUUGCAUAGAUUACCGCCAAUGAAUGCCUUUUCUUCGAAAGAUGAUACCGUAGAAGAUAUAAAUGAGGAAGGAGAAAUAUUGGAAGAAAAAUCUUUGAUAGAUGAAAAAACUACCAAAACAAUUACUGGUAAGGACGCAAUUGAAAAGAUCGAAGAAGUUGAUGAAGAGCAAUCGUGUGAACCUCCUAAGGAUGUCAAGUCGGUGGUGAUUGACAGUGAAGAACUUCAAUUGUUGGAAGAUUUAGUAGAGCAAAGACGACCAAGAUCUUUCAAGCGAAGAUAUGAUUUGACUAAACUUAAAUCUUUAGUUAAAUCUCCUUCACGUUCACCCCUUAGUAGGUCACCUAUUUCAAGAUCACCUAUUUCACGGUCUCCUUUAUCAAAAUCACCAUCGCGUUCACCGACUUCGUCUUUGAAUUCACCUAGAGGUAGUAUUAGAAAGUUGUCCGAUUUGAGUGAAGAUCAGAUUGUUCCAGACAUUGAAAGAAUCAAACGCAAGGAAAAGAAAAAGCUCACGCUCAAAUCGAAACCUGAAGAAAAUCAAAAGCUUAAUGGGAAGCUUAACAAAGGAGGUUCUUUGGACACUAAUGCCACUAGAGUUAAAUCUUUACACACACAGAAAUCUCUACCAUCUACAUUAAAAGAACGACCAGAUUUUUUGACUGUACCUCCUUCGGAUAUAGCACGCGCCAAAAGUCAAGAAUUCGAGCAAGCUGAAAAGAAAAAAUUGGCUAAAGAAAAAUCAAAAUCUAUUGAGAAGAUGGAAAUUAAACGCGGUGGAAGUAAGGAAAGAACAAAGUCUCAAGACGAUAGCGACACUGAAAUAGCCAAACGUCAAGAGAAACAACAAAUGCUCUUUGAAGCAGCUUUGAAGCAAACCAAAACAUUAAUCAGUCCAGUGAAAGAUACUAUGCCGCCAUUCCCACCACCCGAGGACAAAAUUUUGGUGAAGACAGAGGGUGAUAAAAUAAUUAUAGAGACUAAGAUUAAUAGUAAAGCGGAAGAUCAUGUCUUUAUUGCGAAAUCACCGAAAAAACUAGAUAAUAAAAUAGGUGGUAAAAUAAGUAGAAGUUUUGAAGACCAAAAAACAUCUAAAACAAAUAAUAAAAUGAAUAAAAGUAUGGAUGACAAAUCAAGUCAGUCAUUGGAGGACAAAUUUGAUGAUCUAUCAACAUUGCAAAAAUCUCCUAAAACACUAUCAAAGAAACAAGAAUUCAAACAACAAAUUGAAGGGAAGGUUGUGUACCAAAAGUUUAAUCCAAGUGCUAAAUCUAAGAGUUUGGAUAGAAAAGGAGAAAUUCAUCUUGAUGCGACUACAAAAUCCAAAAGCCUCGAUAGAAAUUACAUUACUCCACAAACUGAUUCACAUGCUGAAGUUACGGAAAAACACUUCAAGCAGGAAAUUGUGAAAGUAGAUGUACAUCCCACUGUUAAAGAAGAAUCAGACGCUACUUCUAAAGAGGUAGAAGUAAAGGAUGUUUCGCCUGCGCAUAGUUGUAAAGACAAAACUGAGGAUGAUUCUUCGAUUGAGUGGAUGACAAGUUCUCAGCACUCCGUUAUUGAAAAUGACACUCAGACUGUUAUAAUGGAACGUCGUAAAAUAGACAUUUACAAUAAGCAGAGGGAACUGCAAGAAAGUAAGAGUAGUCAAGAUAUACAUGAACAAGUCACUAAACAAAGAAAGCGUGAAGUAGCACGUUUGAUAAGUGAAGAAGAGUCACUGACGGAAGUUAGUGAACUAAAAGUAUCUGAUGAAAGUCAUAUGUUAGGCAUAUCUUUGCCUUACAUAGAUGCUGAUAGUUCAUCUGAUCAAGAUCAGGGAUCGAAAAAAGAGAAGAUGAAACUGCCUCGUGGUAAAAGUGAUGAUACUGGAACUUGGGUCACUUUUGAAGAGUAUACCGCUGAUACAGAGUUACCGCUUUCUGAUACUAGCAACAGGUGCAGUAAGAGCAAGAGAAUGUUGGACACUCAAGGUACAUUUGAUGAAUCAUCAGCAAGUCUGGUUGAGUUUCUUAAACAUGAGUCUAUAUCGCAGUUAAUAUCUGACACAGAUACAAAAAAUAAAGCGUCUCGAGAUCCAUCAAAACCUAUAGAUUUAACGUUGAAAUGGAAAAAUAAAAACAAAAUUAUUGUUACUCCACCUCAAGAAAAUAGUCCAACAAUUGAAAAUAUUCCAUUUAUUGACUCUAGUACAUCUAAAUCUACUAACAAGUCUGAAUCAGGAGAGCAUACUGGCAGUUCGGGUAGCGAUAAGUCUCCAACUGAACAAAAGCCCGAUCAGAGAACAUUACUGACAGCUAAAUCACGACGUAGUGAGUUACUAAAACUUAGCGCUGAACGUUCGCGUAGUUCUGAAUCAACUUCUUGGACGAGCAUUGAAAAAGACGUGAGCCCAUCAAGCGCUAAUAUAAAGGGUAGUUCAAUAGAUGACGAAUCAAGUGUAAGUUGUUCUAUUGCGAGACCACUUGGCAUAUCGCAAGAUAUUGAGAAACUAAACAAGAAGGAUAGGGAGUGCUUAGAAGAACUCAAGCAAGCUAUGGAAUAUGGAGAAGAACAUUUGCUUUCCCAACAUACGAUAUCGAGUGAGCAUUCUAAAUCGAAUUCGAAGUCUCCUUCUCCUAUUCCCGAAAUGGCUCGUAUGGAAAGCCCACGUAGCCCCAGAAGUCCAUCAAAGUAUGGUAUGAGAAAAUCACCGACGCCUACAUUAGAGAAACAAGGACAAGUCGAUUCUCAAAAAGCGCCUACUGAUUCCGAAUCUAGUUCUGAAAGUAUAGACAAAACCGUAGAGCAACUAUCGAGACCUAACAUCAAGAAGAGUGGUUUAGAUAAAAUUGGAAAAUGCGUAAUUGAAGAAUCGGAAUCUAGUCAGUCUGCUGCUUCUAAAACAUCGGACAUCAAAAAAGAUUUACAAAGAACUGUGAAGAAAACCAAAAUAGCCAUAACUAUAUCACAAGAAGACCAGAAUACCACUAUUGAUUUUGAUGACGAUGGAAACGUCAUAACGUCAUCAUUUGAAAGGGAACUUAUGAAGAAAAGAUCCUUGAAAGAUACUGAUCAAAAGAGCUCUUCAAAAUCUAGCAUGGACACAACCACUACUACAACACCUUCCAAAGGUUCUCUCAGUGUUGACGAUUCUUCUUCAAGAAGAAAGGCACGCCUCGAUGAGCAGAAGAGUUCUUCUAAAUCUAGUAUGGAUUCACGAGGCUCACUUAGCGUUGAGUCCAGGGGAUCUUUUGAAACAACGGAGUCAACUUCAGGCUCUCUCGGUGAGGCUUAUCGCCGAGGUGAAGAAUUAAAACCUACAUGGAGACCUUUCUUCGGGGCCUCAGGUAGUGAAAACAGUACGAGUAUAGAAGAAGCGUGGAUACCACAAGAUCACGAAGGAUAUGAAAGUUUGAAUAUCAACAAAGAUGUGUUCGAGUAUAACAAUCAAAGAAUAUUAGAUGAUUUCCAAACGUUUUCGAAAAACCCACCAUUAUCAGCAAACACAUCCAAAGAUUCUACAGAAGCGGACUUUACAGAUGAUCUAAAUGAUUUUCCUGUCAAUUUCUUAUAUCCAGCUACUUCAUCAUCAAAUAGUAAUGAUGUUGUAAUUGGAUACGGCCAAAAUUUCGGUCGAACUUUAUCUCGUAUAUCAGAACGAAGCACAGCUUCUGAAAAAACGAGUGCUGAUGAAGAUUCUACAAAAGCUUGUUCUAGAUCAGAAAGCAUUAAUGAAGAGUCAUUGAAUUCGAGUGAUCAUCAAGCCAGUCUCAGUUCUGAUCCGCCGAGUAAUGCCAAUGUUGCAUACAUAUCGGAUACUGAUCGUAGAACAUCAGCUGAAAUGCCAGAUAUACCCAUCGACCAAACAAAAAUAAGUGAGAUGUACGCGGAAAGUAAAAAAGAUAUAGCUAAGAGCGAUACUUGGGACUCAAAAAAAUCUAGUGAGAGUCCAGCUAAGGUAAAGAAGCCAUCAAGGAAAGCAACGUUAAAACAAUCAUCCGCUAGUGAAAGCCAGGAGUCUGAAGACUGGCCGUUACCGGAAUUGCCGCCACAGGCUAAGAGGGACGAUGUUGGAGACUUCGGUAGAAGAAGUUCUGAAGAGUGGCCCCCAGUGCCUUUGAAUCUUUUAGAAACACCUAUUAUUGAAAAAGUUCAUAUUUAUUAUAUGAACAAUGAACCAGAACAAGCUACUAAGGUGACUCUUCGAUCGGAGAGUUCAAGGGCUAAUUUACAAGGCUCCGAUGAUGAUAGUGAUACUUUAAAUAACGAAGAUGAUUUUGAAAAAGAUAUUCCUGAAUCAAAAUCAGAUAAAUCUUUGGAGUUCAGCGACGUUUCACCUAAAAAUGUAAAAGUUAUACCCUACGACCAAUCUAGUUAUAUGGUGGACCCACUUGAAAAACACGAUGAAUCUUCUUGUUUAAAUAAAGGCGUCGUACCGAAUUAUGAUAAAUCAUGCCUAAGCGGAACUAUAAGUAAAGCUACAUGUUUGAUGGGUGAUAUAGGUUCUUGUUGCACGCGAGCUGAACACAAAUCAUUUGUCAUAAAAAAUAUAGAAGACAAAGUAAUUGUUAAUCAACCACAAAAAUCUCCUACGAAUCAUAGUCCUAUCUACGAGGAUACGGAUGAUGUAUUUGGCGGUGAUAGUAAGUCAUUGUCGCCUGAUUUUGAGAAAGGUUUUUCACAGUUAGGUACACAGAAGUAUUCUUUCGGAUCGAAUUCCGAUACAUCUAUAGAUGAUUUACUUUCACAAACUAACGCCGACGAGACUGUAAGGGUUGUAACAAAAUUGAGUACUGGAAGUGCGGGAACUUGUAAGAAAUGCAGUCAUAGCAGCCAUUCGGAGGAAGAAACUAGUUCAUUUGGCACGGAUUUAGACGGUACAGUAAAAAUCGGUUUGCCACAAAAGAAAUGUACCCAUAGUUCUCAUUCAGAAGACACUUCCAUUUGCCUGAGCAUUUCUGAGUGGUCAACAGGGACCAAUACCGUGAGGCAGUAUGCCAAUCUAUCAGCUUCUGAAAGUAUAUCAGGAGUGUCUGUACCGCAAAGUGAAAAGUCAGAAAAUAAAUCCACUAAAGUAUAUUCUUCAUCUCAUGCCAGUAAAAAAUCUGACCAGAAACCUAAAAAAGCUUCUCAUGCAGAAAUGAGUUCGAAAAGCAGUAGUUUAGAUAAAAGUUCAGAUAAUAUAAAGUACGAUAAACUGUGUAGUUCUGAUACUACUGUAUCAAGGAAAGGUAUUGAUAGUAGUUCUGGGACUAAAAGCGACAGUACGUUGACAUUGGCUCAGUCAAUAUCUGAAUGGUCAGCUAGCACGAGUCACACACUUGUAGCCACUGCUCGCGAAGACGCACAAGAGGAACAAUCUAAAUCAGAACAAACUCCGGUUAUUGAACUUCCUGAAAAUGAAGAGGAAGAAAAACGAGAAAUGGCUGUGACAAAAUCACCUUCCCCGCCGAAAGAAGUCGACGAAGCUAAGGAGUCUGUGCUAAGAUUGACUGCAACAUACACUGGAAAAAAUGAUAAGUCGUCGUCUAUUAGCUACAGCGAUAAGUCGGACAAAUCAAGUUCUAGCUCUCUCAGUAGUCUUCAAAAACAUACGAAUGGAGUUUUAAGGUUCGAUCAGAGGCUGAAAGGAUUUCAAGGAACGCACAACAUUCAUGAACGAUAUCAAAAAGCGCCACCUAAAAGUAUGAGCUAUGAAGAACAAACUCAUAGAUAUGCAAGACCAACAACUCGUUGUGCGAGUGAAGACAGCGGCUUUAAACCGUACGUAGUGGCUCCCCAGCCAGAGUUAGAUAUCGACAUGCCUUCUCAGCUAUAUAGCCAAGCAGAGAAACAUAGUGAACGUUAUCAAAGUCAAGAGUUUUCUAACAUAAUUCGCGAGGACGGUGGAGCAUUCGUACGAUCCGAUUACAAGCCAUUAGCAAAACACGCCAGUUACGACGAUAAAACGUUGUCUAAAAAUCAAAUAAAAGAAUAUAAAACUUCUCAGCAGUAUCGAAGUAAACCUAAGAGCUGGUCAUUCCACGAACAUUACUUGGCAUCGCCUGAAUUACCAGUUAUAUCCGUACCUGAGAUACCUUCUGUGCAUAGGGAGUUGCCAGAAAAGAAAUCUGGCGAGAGAUCUGGAAAAACUCCACUCUCACGCUGUUCGCCUUAUUACUCUAGUAGCCUUAGCUCUGAAUCUCCCCCAAUACAACCUUUGAAAGCACCAGUGAAGAAGUCUUUCUUGGUGAGAAACAUUUCACUUAAAAGUCCUCCCAGUGGUAAUGACACGGACAGCUCUUUGGAUGUACGAAGAGAUCCUAGAGAGCGAAUGAGGACCUUUAGACGGAAGAAGCAAGUUACAGGAGCGCGCAAGAAACAGGAAAAAAUACAAGACGUGCUCGAGGAGGAUUCCACCAAGAGCCAAUAUUCUUCAGAGAGUGACAUGCACCAUGGCGGAAAAUACUUAGUAGUGCAAGACACUCUACGAAGAAUGGAAAGCUCAGAGUGCUCUGAUAGCUAUCUGCCUGAGAUGGAGUCUUGUUCUUCGGAAGUAUCUAAAGGAGAUUCAAAGAACUAUGAUGUACCAGAACCAGGCAGUUAUUCUGAAGACGAAGGUCAAGCCGAUUACGCCAAUUAUAAAAGUAAUAAUUACGAACAACAGCAAUUCCCUAUCAGUAUAACUCCGGUUCAAUUUCAAGGAUUCGGAUCUUCCGCGGAUGAAGACGAAAUGGGCUUUCCAAGGUUUGAUCGAUUAGGUCGUUUACGUCACCCUUACCUGGACUCGCAAGAACCGCCUUAUGUGCCUGAGGACAGCCCUCCUCGCGCAUCGUAUUCUAAUAAAAGUAGCCGUCAAUCGUCUCUUAAAAGGGCGAAGUCUUCUGCAGGGUAUAGACAGUCCGAAGAUAAAGGAGAGUCUUCCGCACAACAGCAGCCGAGGUCUGUUUAUUACGACGAGCAAAGUGAUAGAGAUGAUUCUGACGAUUACGCUUAUCCUAUCGAUACAAUAAAAAGAGCUCCGAAAAUUACUAAAUCGGGUAGUAAUUACCUUUUCGAGCGCGGGGAAUCUGUAGCAUACUCCGAUACGGAACUGCCUCAAGACAAGGAUGAAUAUGAAGAAUAUAGGGGCAGUCCGUAUCCGGAUCAUUACGAGGAAGCAGACAUGUUCCAAACGCAAGAAUGUUAUCCUCAGUACGAGAAUGAAUUGGAGCCUGGAGAGGGCAGCGCUGAGCAUUACACGAGAGACCUCGAUCAGCGUUUUAGCUUGAAUAAUGUUGAAAGAUUCUACUCUAGCCAUUAUGUAGAUUCGCAGGCUUCUAGCGACAGCCCCGAGCAGAAGUUUGACGUCUCCACUCUGCCUCCGCCUCUCUGCUCUGACGACGAAAAUGAUUAAAUGAAUUUAGCAACAAGUUUAGCUUAUAAUAAUUUAACCAUUUCACUCUCCCUCGUGUGAAUGUCCCGUGGUCGGUUGCGAGCAUGCUGUUCCCGCGUUUGAAAAUUUUAAAAUCUAAAUAACGCAAUUAA